GGCCAGAAAGUGAAAUGUGCAUCAUUGAACUCGGCUUUUCAGUUUUGAAUUCGGAAUAGCCUAUUCAGUAUAAAUUACUAACACAAACACAGCAUGGCAGUUCAAUUCAGUAGAACACAACCUGAAGUAUUGUGUCUGAGCAGUAGGCUAGUCAAUAUUUUGUGUCGUUUACAUUAUUUACAAAGUUUGCUCAAGAAUAACAGAAUGAAGGCGUUCUUCGGUGUGUGUUCUUUUUUGGUGCUUAUCCUGGAUGUGACCCAAGGUUGUCCAUGGAUGCAGCAUAAAUUCCCGCAGUAUAGCAGGACAUGUUUAACCUUGCUGAAAGAGAUGGGUGAGAAAAUAGUUGAGGACAAUGUGGGGGUCCAUUUUCCUGAUGCCCUGUACAGAGUUGCAAGGAAGCAGCAGCCUGAGAGGAUCAUCUGGUUCAUAGCCCAGGUGCUGGACGAGGUGUCGCUCCUGCUGGACGAGAAUGUGACCGCCGUGGCCUGGGACCAGAAGAAGCUGAAGGACUUCAUGAGCACCCUGGACACUCAACUGGUGGCAACUCAGUCAUGUGUUGUUCCUAAGACUAAAGGGAAUGAGAGACUGCAGGUUGUUUCUAAGACUAAAGGGAAUGAGAGACUGCAGGUUGUUUCUAAGACUAAAGGGAAUGAGAGACUGCACCUGUACUUCGAGAAUCUGAGAAAUGAAACACUGGGGACAAUGGAGGACAAGGCCAAGGCCUGGGAGCUGAUCAGGAAGGAGGUUCACCACCACCUGACGAAGAUCGACCUUCUGGCCAGCACACGCCUCUAAACACCAAACCCUGCCACAGCUACAGCCAAUGGGACAGAGGAUGCACCAGGACUACUGAUGUACUCUGAACUUUCUGCUCUAAAUGAUUCUGAUUUGUAGUUUA